UGAGACGUAAUGUGAGUCAUCUCCCCUCGGAGAGGCUGCUCAUUACAGUUGUCACUUAGCCCUAGAUGAUGGUAUACACUUGACUAAAUAAGUGAUAAGAGAUUCUCCUAGGAAUUUUAUUGACUUAUUUUAGAGACCAAAAAUCAGAAGUCAUAUUUUAUUUGCCAUGAGAUGUCUAGAUAAUAAGUAUGAUCUGCUAAUCAUUAAUAACAUCAUUUCCCAUAGGAGAGAUGUCAUUAUGGGAUUAGGAUUCCGAUGGUAUCACUAAAUAGUGGUGAGAGGAUUACACUAUUUAUCAUAAGUGAAUGCAAAAAAAAUUUAUAUCCAUUAUUUAUGUAUGAAUGUUUUUAUUUCAGAUGUCAAGCUCAUUUAAUCCACUUAGCGUCAUUUUGAGCCAGAACAAAUUGGUUGGACCAAAUUACGUUGACUGGAAAUGGAAUUUGAAUAUAGUGCUAACUGCAGAGGGGUACACUUAUGUACUUACUGAAAAUUGCCCCCCACUUCCCACUGAUGAGAGUACAGAUGAGGAGAGGAAAAAGUUUAAAGAUUGGAAGAAGGCUGAUGAGAUGGCUAAAUGUUAUAUUUUGGCAUCUAUGUCUAAUGUGCUGCAACAUCAACACCAAUCUUUUGGUAGUGCUUCAGACAUUAUGCUUAAUCUCAAGGAGAUGUUUGGUGAGCAAGGUAGGGCUGCUAGGCAGCACGCCAUGAGACAACUCAUGAACACUAAGAUGGGUGAGGGGACUCCUGUAGGGGACCAUGUUUUAAAAAUGAUUGAUUUUUUAAAUGUACUUGAGGUCCUUGGAGCUGAGAUUGAUGGUCAAUCUCAAGUUGAUAUUAUCCUCGAGUCGCUGCAUGGGUCAUUCAAAGAGUUCAAAUUGAAUUACAAUAUGAAUAAAAUGGAUUUAUCACUUUCAGAGUUAAUGAACUCUCUCCAGGCAGCUGAGGGUAUUAUCAAGCCUAAUCAUAGUGUGCUCUCUCCAGGCUCUCCAGGCAGCUGA